AUGAGACAUCAAAAGAGAUGUGGCCGCGGGUGUGACCAUUCUACCUCCUCCUACCCCGCAGGGUUCGGUUGGGCGCUGGUGUUCACGCCGUCGGUGGCGGCAGUCAGCCGCUACUUUAGCCGGCGCAGGACGCUGGCCAUGGGCCUGGCCUUCACGGGCGUGGGCAUCUCCUCCUUCAUCUUCUCCCCGCUCUUCCAGUACCUGCUGGACGAGUACACGUGGCGCGGCGCGCUGCUGAUCAUCGCCGCCAUGAUGCUCAACCUGCUGGCCUGCGGGGCCCUGAUCCGGCCCUUGACCCUGAAGGAGGACCUGGCCACGGGGCCCGAGCCGGAGGUGGCCGCUGGGUCCCGCUGCCCCGCCUCCUGUCGGCUCCUCCUCAAUCUGCUGGACCUCCCCCUCCUCCGCCACCUGCCCUUCCUCACCUUCGUGCUGGUCAUCACCUUGAUCAACGCCGGUUACUUCGUGCCGUACUUCCACCUGGUGGCCCACGCACGCACCAUCGGCUUCGACCAGUACCAGGCGGCCUUCCUCAUGUCGGCCACGGCCAUAGCGGACCUUGCUGGACGUCUGGUCUCGGGCUGGUUCGCCGACAGACGCCGCCUGCGUCUGGUCCACGUGCUGGCCCUGUGGACCUCGCUCACCGGCCUCAGCCUGGUGCUCAUCCCAUUCGGCCGGCAGUACGCCGUGCUCAUGCUGAUCGGCGUGGCCUACGGAUUCUUCUCCGGCGCGCUCACGCCCGUCGUCUUCUCCCUCCUGCCGGACAUCGUGGGCAUCGGACGCAUCUACGGAGCCUUGGGCCUACUGCAGAUGCUGGAGAGUGUGGGCGGGCUCCUGGGCGCGCCCAUAUCAGGUUGGCUGCGCGACGCCACGGGCAACUACACGGCCUCCUUCGUGGUGGCGGGGGGCUUCCUCCUGGUGGCCAGCCUGGUCCUCUUCGGCCUUCCCUCCGCCCUGCCCUGUGCCGCGGGCAGCGGUGGCGCCGGCGUCGACCAGUCCGCGCCCGAGGACGAGUACGAGCCCGUGGACACCGGCAACGGGCUGGUGGUGGAGCGGCCUUCUCCGGGACAGCCCGGCAACGCUGCCCCGACCAGCGGUCAGGAUGUCUGAGCCUGGGGACUAAGCUCGAUGCUGAACGAAACGCUCUCCUCCUACACAC